CCAGCAUGCACUCUGCCAGCCCGCCUUCCAAGUUUUCUGGGAAACUCUCGACAGAAACGAAAGCAAAUGUUUUAGCGUCGUAUCUUCUUAGAGGAACGCUUCGCGAGGCCAGAUCUGCGCGACUAUGGCCACCGCACAAGCUGCCAAGCCAAAAAGAACCAUUGUGGUCUGCGGUGUUCCAGAUGGCCUCCUAAGUGACGACGUCAUGGCCGACAUAUUAAUGAUUCAUUUUCAAAAGGGAAAGAAUAAGGGUGGCGAUGUGGAGGACGUUGCCUACCCGACAUCAACAAAAGGAGUGGCAUAUGUAACGUUUGAAGAUGAACGAGAUGCAGAAAAUGUUCUUAGGAAAGGCGACCACAGCCUAGAGGACAAGAGGCUGCCUGUGGGUUAUCCCUUGAAAGUGUCGUCAUAUGGAAAAAGUAUUUUUACCUGUGUGACAUGCAUCCUCAAUUUGUCCCCAUUUGGAGAGAAAUACAACUUGGAAAGUGUGGUGCAAGACUUCAAGAAGAAGUUCCCAAAUUUGAGCUUUGGGCCAUUACAAUCUAACGGGCUAAUAAGUGUACAGGGUCCAUUUUUAGCCAUCAGUGCCCUCCAAAAGAAUAUCUUAUUAAACAUAAAGCAUUCCCUUUCAGAACAACAUGUUGCAAGAAAUCUGAAAGCAUCAGAUCACAGGCCUGGUACAAGACAGGCAAACAGUGGAUUAUCCUCAGAGUUGAAAAAUAAUUUUGUGCAAAAUGAAAUCAAGGAGGAGGGACUAACCGUUGCCCUUGACACCGAUACAUAUCUCUACAUGAUAACAUUUAGAGACGAGUUUUACCAAAGGAUUCUAAAAGAAUGUGGUGUUACUAGUUAUGCAGCUGAAGAUGGGGAGGUCACCACCAUAUAUCUAAAGAGUGACAAAACAAAACCAGGUUCCAGACCGUUAAGAUGUGCAAAAGAUAGGGUUGAAGGCUUGUUGGCAGAAUUAUAUGGCUUUCUGCGUAAAGAAAGAUUGUCACAUGAAAUGUCCAACGACUCUGAGAAGCGGAGACGUGAGCGUGCAUGUGAGAUGUUAAGGAGCCAGUAUCCAAACGUUCUGGUUCUACUAUACCCAACUUACAUUGAUAUUAUAGGAUCCUCCUUAGACAUUUAUGAGUUUGCAAGACAAGUAAAUAAAAUGAUGGGAAAUGUCCCCAGAGAACCUUGGAGAUAGGCAGCUGGUUAUUUUGAUCUCUUGAGGGCAGACCUAGAUUUUCUGUUCGGCACAGGAGCUGCCACCAAAAAUGGCAACCUUCUGUUGUGUUCUCUGCUUGUAACAUUUUAUGCACACUUGGUAGUGUUGUGUUGUUGUUGUAUCGUCCGUUUCCCGACCCCUGCACCACAUCAGUGGUCAACAGAAGUGGUAAAAUGGCACAGGGCAAGUGGCGAUAAGGAAAAGUGAAAACUUUACACAAGGCUUGUUUUUUGGUAGAAGUACUAUGUUGACCAUAAUGGCUAGUUCUACACUGACAAUAAAGUGAGCUGAAACAUAUUGACAGUAACAGUGAAAGGACAGCUGCUGCCUAAUGGAAAAGCUGAAAGUAGAACAGUUUAGCAGUUUGUGGGUUUUUUAGUCUAUAGAUGUGACCUUUUCAGUGUCUCCCUCAGGAUUUCAACACACUACUUAAUAGAGCGGUUUUGCUUUCUGAAAGUUUUUGUUUCCUCCUAGCCUUUUUCUCUGGUCAAAACGACCCAUCAUUCUCAGCAAGUUCCUGCUCACUUGAGAGCUUUCUUCAAUGGUCCUGUUAUAUAGAAGGUGAUGUCAUAGUUUAGUGUGGACAGCUGAAGCUGUUUUCUGUGUUUGACAACGAGACCUGGAAACAAUAGAUUACUUCAUGAUGUAUAUAGUAAAGUAUCACCGGAUUAAAGCUGGCUCUGUUGGUCAA